AUGAAUAUCGCUUGUACAAUUUGUCUGGAUCGAUUUUUUCUCUCAUCAACUAUCUCAGCAUCACCUUGCGGCCAUUUGUUUCAUGAUAAAUGUUUGGAUCGCUGGAUAGUUGAUGAACGAAAAAAGACUUGUCCACAAUGUCGAACAGCGAUUACACCCAAACAAAUCCUAAAAAAAUUGUAUUUAAUGGAACCACUCUGCCAAACACAAAUGCCAUCUGGUGGUCAUGAUACUUCCGAGCUUCUCAGUCGACUAGAAACACAAGAAACUAAAGUACUCGAAUGUGAACAGCGUUGUCGAAAAACUCUCAGUGAUCUGCAAAAGAGCGAAGAACGACGGCUAGCAUUCGAGAAUGACACGACCAAUUUACGAAGACAGUUAAGUGAGCAAUCAAAUAAACAUCAACGGAUGAUCAGUGAACGUGAUACAAAAAUUCGUAUGUUAAUGGAACAAUACAAACAUGCGGAUUUAUCCAAUAAAAAAGAUGAACAAAUCAAAAUCUUACAAAUGAAGUUAAACGAAUAUCGAAAUAUCGAUCUGAUUUACAAAGGCCUCGCCAGUACAUUCAAAGCGGAAUUACAGAAGAUGAUUGGGUCCUGUCAAACAGUACAAGAUAAAGAUCGUCUAAUUGAAGAAUUAAUACGCUACAAUGUCAUCCUGAAAGAAGAACAUAGUAAAAUGUCCGAAGAUAAACAAGAUUUAAUUCGAAAUCUCGAUCGAAUUACCGCACAAUGUGAAAAAAUGCAAUUAGACAAGCGUCAAGCAAUCAAACGCCAAACAACAUCCGCAGAUAAUGCCAAACAAGAAUUAGCAUCUGUUCGUCAACAACUCGAAUCCUAUCAAUCUCGUAUCAAUCAAUUAGAAUCUCUUCUACUUCGUAAUACUUCUUCUGACACACAGAGUCCACGAUCAAGUGAUGUGACAGAAAAAAGUCAUGUUCGAGCACAGGAAUUGAAAAGUCGUGCAGUACUUGAUGAUGAAAGUUCGAAAGAUGAUGACACAGAUUCCAACAUGAUCGAUCUAACGAAUAUUCCUGAACAGACAACAUUUUCUACUCAACAAUUUGCGACAAGUUCAUCAGCCAUAGACAUCCUUCAUUCGAUCAUUCAAGAAACAACGUCAAGUCUCGAUUUACCCACAAUGAAAAAGCAAAAAGUUAGAAGAUUGGAUGACGACGAAGAGGAAAACGAGGAUUAUCUCGUCCGACCAAUCAUUCGCAAUCAGACAAACUUUCAACGAACAUUCAACAAAUUCGGUGGACAUUCAAAUCCAAUUAUUCGACGUGUCAGUAGCACAACAUUCAAAUCGAAACCAAAGCUGGCCAAAUCAAGAAGUACAACAACAACAGCGCGGAAUAAUCAUAAAAUCACGACAUUUUUUGAUUUAAAUUAA